CCCCAGUGCUUUUCCGCCAUCGCUUUUGGGGUUUAUUAUCAAAAAAAAAUGCGCGUUUAAGUUUGUGGAGAGAGUCAGUGCAGUGCAGUGCAGUCAGUGGUCUGGAACAUGAUCAGAGGGGCCGGGCUCUCCCGGUGGAGGUGGGACAAAACCGCAACGGGAAGCGACAAACUCCGACCCGCCUCGAACUGGAGCCGGUGCCGCUGAAGUGAGAGAGCACGAGGUUCGCCCGGGAUGGACAUCGGGACCGUCGGGAAGUGACGCGAUUCCCAAUCGACGUCAAGUCAGCGCAACGUUUUUCAGAGCUGAACUCCGGGACGCGUUCGGCGGUUCGGUUCCCACCUCUCUCUUUUUUUUUUUAACCGCCGGAUUUCGACUCGUUUCUCCUCUCCUGCUGCGCGUCAGCCGAAGGCCGCGCGAAGUCCUCGUCGUGAAAGAGAACCCGCAAUGUGGUCGGUUGUCAGGUUUGAAAACCUCCAGGAACUGAAAAGGAUGUGCCACUGGGGCCCGAUCAUCGCCCUCUCCGUGAUCGCAGUGUGCAGCACUGUGGCUAUAAUGGACUCUGUGUGUUGGUUCUGGCCGCUCGACACAGCAGGUGGGAGCAUCAACUUCAUUGUGUUGAUAAACUGGACCGUUCUUAUACUUUACAACUACUUUAAUGCAAUGUUUGUCGGUCCUGGCUACAUCCCCCUCGGCUGGAAACCGGAAAACCCUCAGGAAACUAUAUACCUGCAGGACUGUAAAAUCUGUCAGGGUUACAAGUCACCCCGCUCACACCAUUGCCGUAAGUGCAACAGAUGUGUGAUGAAGAUGGAUCACCAUUGCCCUUGGAUUAACAAUUGUUGUGGUCAUUUAAACCAUGCUUACUUUACCUCGUUUCUGAUACUAGCUCCACUUGGUUGUAUUCAUGUCUCUGUGAUAUUAAUCAUGACCAUUUACGUACAACUGUACAACAGGAUAUCAUUUGGUUGGAGUUCUGUAAAGAUUGACAUGAGUUUGGCUAAAAGAGAUCCACAUUUCACCAUUCCCUUUGGAAUUUACGCAUUUGCUGCUUCUCUCUUUGCCUUGGGAUUAGCAAUUGGUACAACAAUAGCUGUUGGCAUGUUGUUUUUUAUUCAGAUGAAAGUGAUUCUUAGGAAUAAAACCUCUAUUGAAAUGUGGAUAGAAGAAAAGGCCAAAGACAGAAUCCAGUAUUAUCAAACGGGCGAACAUUUCAUCUUUCCAUAUGACCUUGGAAGUAAAUGGAAGAACUUCAGGCAGGUGUUUACAUGGUCUGGGGUUCCUGAAGCAGAUGGAAUUGUCUGGCCUGUUCGACAAGGCAGCCACCAGUACUCAUUAACGAUUGAGCAGCUGAAGCAAAAAGCUGAUAAAAGGGUGCGGAGUGUGCAUUACAAAGUCAUUGAAGGCUACAGUGGAGCUUGCUGUCCUAUAACAAAAGGAAUUAAAACUUUUUUUACCACACCUUACACCGAAGAACCCAGAAUCCAACUGAGAAAAGGAGAGCUUAUUUUAGCUACAAGAGGUUUGCGGCAUUGGAUGUAUGGAGAAAAGAUUUUGGACAAGAAAAAUGGAAAAGCUGGAGGGCGUGAGCGAGGUUGGUUCCCCAAAAGAUGUGUGGAGAAAUGCCCAUUUAAUCCCACCAUAGAGAAGGCAGUGGAAGAAGAGAAAAAGGACUUGUGAUGCUUUUGAUCGACCCUGCUUU